GAAGAAGUGAGAGUUCGAAAGGGAAAGACAGAGCAGAGUGUUAUUUGUGUGUGUUUCCUGCUUUUGCGGCCCCUCUCGCCGUCUUUGUGUUGCGUCAUUCCUUUUUCUCUGCCAUUUUGUGGCUCAUUAAAUCCCCCAAGCUUCCCUUUUAUUAUUAUUCUCUUCCCAGUUUCUCCAUUAUUCACUUCCAUUUAUACCUUACUUGUUCUUGUUCACAGACCAGGACAAUGGCUAUAAGCUCCAUUCCCUCCCCUACCCACAAUACUCAAGCACCCUAAUUUUGUUCCCAGAACUAGGUCCCGUACAUCGAUCUAUCUUUCCUGAUUCCUCGGUUCCUUAUUCUUCUCAUGCCUUUAUAAGAAAGUGACAUCUCCGGCAAAAGGCUAUUUUUAAUAUAUUCUCCUUUGCAUCUCUCUCUCUUCUUGUGUGGAAUUUUAAGCACUUCAUUUCAAAGUGACUAGCUCUUAACUGGCUUUGGUCCCUGAAGAAUAUGACUGAGACAAUGUUGGCUCAGAAGCAGGCAGAGGAAGCCAUAGUUACCGGCGAAACAGAGCAUGAAGGAGGCAAGAGGGAAGACGGUGAAGAUCAGCCGGAGCAGGACAGCUAUGGCUUCAGCUUCAAGGGCUUGCUCUGGCAUGGCGGUUCUGUAUGGGAUGCCUGGUUCAGUUGUGCUUCCAAUCAAGUAGCUCAAGUGCUCUUGACGCUUCCAUACUCUUUCUCUCAACUGGGUAUGAUCUCUGGCAUCUUGCUUCAGAUAUUCUACGGCAUAAUCGGAAGCUGGACGGCUUAUCUAAUCAGUGUACUCUACAUAGAGUACAGAGCCAGAAAGGAAAAGGAAAACGUCAGCUUCAAGAACCAUGUUAUUCAGUGGUUCGAAGUCCUGGAUGGGUUACUGGGGCCAUACUGGAAAGCAGUGGGGUUAGCUUUCAACUGUACUUUCCUCCUCUUUGGAUCUGUAAUACAGCUGAUAGCAUGUGCAAGUAACAUCUACUACAUAAAUGACCAUCUGGAUAAAAGGACCUGGACUUAUAUCUUUGGGGCUUGCUGUGCCACCACUGUGUUCAUACCUUCCUUCCAUAACUACCGAAUUUGGUCAUUUCUUGGCCUCGCAAUGACGACUUAUACUGCUUGGUACUUGGCCGUAGCAGCUCUGAUUCAUGGCCAGGCAGAAAACGUGACUCACUCUGGUCCAGCAAAGCUAGUUCUUUACUUCACCGGGGCCACUAACAUCCUUUACACGUUCGGCGGACACGCCGUCACAGUGGAGAUAAUGCACGCAAUGUGGAAGCCUCAGAAGUUCAAGUACAUUUAUUUACUGGCGACGCUUUAUGUCUUCACUCUGACAAUUCCCUCCGCCGCCGCCGUUUACUGGGCGUUCGGCGAUGAGCUGCUUGACCACUCCAACGCCUUCUCCCUCCUCCCCAAGACCCGCUUCCGGGACGCCGCCGUCAUCCUGAUGCUGAUUCACCAGUUUAUAACAUUUGGGUUUGCGUGUACGCCGUUGUACUUUGUGUGGGAGAAGGUGAUAGGGAUGCACGACACGAAGAGCGUUUGUGUUCGCGCGGCGGUGAGGUUGCCGGUGGUGAUUCCGAUAUGGUUCUUGGCCAUCAUCUUCCCUUUCUUUGGCCCCAUUAAUUCCGCCGUCGGUGCUCUCCUCGUUAGCUUCACCGUUUACAUCAUCCCCUCUCUGGCUCAUAUGCUCACUUACCGAACUGCCUCCGCUAGACAGAAUGCUGCAGAGAAGCCUCCAGCCUUCAUGGGAAGCUGGACUGCCAUGUAUAUCUUGAAUGCCUUUAUUGUGAUAUGGAUUUUUGUAGUUGGGUUUGGGUUUGGAGGAUGGGCCAGCAUGGCCAACUUUGUCAAGCAAAUUGACACUUUCGGCCUCUUUGCCAAGUGCUACCAGUGCAAGUCCCCGCCUCCUCCGCCACUAGCUGCCGCAGCUCCGCCGCAUCAUCACUGAUCAGACACAUACACCAGCUGACUUUUGGAUAUAUAUAUAUAUAUAUAUAUAUAUAUAUAUAUAUAGGCUGCUUCUGUUUGGCUCAACAUUUUGUAUCAUCACCUUCUUCACUUUGGUGUGAUGUUGUGUUGUGUGCUGGGUUUGGCAUAUAUUUUUGGUCUUCUUUUAAUUGGCUAUAGUUUGAAUUUAAAAAAAAAAAAAGGAAGAGAAAAGGAUUAUCCAAUGGGGCUAUGAAGCCUUUUGUGUGCUUUGUUUCAAGCAUAUUUGUAUUACUACUCUUGUGAUACGUAGAAAGGUCCAUAUGGAAGGCCCAAUUGAAGCAAAUCAUGGGCUCAGUCUCAACUCUUGCAAGUGCAGGGCUAUUAUUACCCAUGUUUUGUAAGGCCCAAUAGAGAAUGCUAAUAUUUAAAGAAAAGCUGUUGCGAAGCAAUAUGAAGCUUUUAUUUUGUGUUA